AUGAGUGGUGGUUCUGUCAGCUGUCAUGGGGGAGCCAGAUAUGCCCACAUCUUCCCGGGCCGGUACUUCACCAUUAUAAACAAGGUUGACCAACUGCGCACGAACUUCAAUGAUGCUCUCGCAAAUGUGGAAGGCAUCCCAGAGCUCUAUGCUAAAACCUUUGAGGACGUCCUUGGACACGCCGGCCAAGGCCUCGCGAACUUCGACAAGUCCAAUGGAGCCAUAUAG